AUGCGUCGCGAGGACGAGGCUCAGCGUGAGAGCGAUGGACGCAAGAGCAUGUGGGCACACAUUGCCGUCGACUACAUUCCGAGGGCUUACCGGCACAUGCAGGCGAAUGUUGUUCUGCGCAACGGCAAUCUGCUCAAGAUCUCCCAGCUGGCGCAGCGCGAAAUCCGCCGCAUCUAUGGGCCACCGUCCACGCGUAGACCACCCAAGGAGCUGCUGACAAGGGCUCGGCGCAGCAUGCGCGAGAUGCUGAUGUUUUGGAAGCGGCAUGAGAAGGAGGAGCGUGAGAUGCGCAAGCGCGCGGAGAAAGAGGCGAUUGACCGCCAGCGCCAGGAGGAGGAGGCGCGUGAAGCCAGGCGACAGGCGCGCAAGCUCAACUUCCUGAUCACUCAGACUGAGCUGUACAGCCAUUUCAUUGGCGACAAGAUCAGCGGCGGAUCCAAGGGCAGCACCGACAAGGCAGACGGACCGAGCAGCGCAUCCACUGCGUUCGGCGAGCUCGACUUUGAUGAGGCCGACGAUGCAUCGAUCCAAGCCCACGCUAAGCUCAGCGCCCAGAAUGCUUUGGCGCAGCAGCAGGAGAAGACACGUGAGUUUGACGCCCAGCGCAAGGAGCAGCUGGCCGAGCAGCAGGGCGAGGCUGCUGACAGCAAUGUAGCCAGUGCACUCGAUGCGAUGGACUUCCAGCAGCCCGAGACCCUGUCUGGUACCGAAGUGGCGCAGCCGCACAUGCUUAUGUGCCAGCUCAAGGAGUACCAGCUCAAGGGCCUGAACUGGCUGGCCAACCUGUACGAGCAGGGCAUCAACGGCAUCCUGGCUGACGAGAUGGGUCUUGGCAAGACAGUGCAGUCGAUCUCGCUGCUGGCGUACCUUGCUGAGACACACAAUAUCUGGGGGCCGUUCAUGGUGGUUGCGCCCGCUUCGACGCUGCACAACUGGCAGCAGGAGCUGACGCGGUUCGUGCCCGAGUUCAAGGUCCUGCCGUACUGGGGCUCGCAGAAGGACCGCAAGGUGCUGCGCAAGUCACUGUAUAACCCGCAGAACCUCUCGCGCAAGGACUCUGCAUUCCACGUACUGGUCACCUCGUACCAACUGGUGGUCUCGGAUGAGUCGUACCUGAACCGCGUCAAGUGGCAGUACAUGGUGCUGGACGAGGCGCAGGCGAUCAAAAGCUCAACUUCGGCACGUUGGAAGACGCUGCUUGGCUUCCACUGCCGCAACCGGCUGCUUUUGACGGGUACACCCAUCCAGAACAGCAUGCAGGAGCUGUGGGCGCUGCUGCACUUUAUCAUGCCGACGCUGUUUGACUCGCACGAGGAGUUCAGCGAGUGGUUCUCGCGCGAUAUCGAGGCGCACGCCGAGAACCGGUCGGUGAUGAAUCAGCACCAGCUGCACCGUCUACACAUGAUUCUGAAGCCGUUUAUGCUGCGACGCAACAAGCGGCACGUGCAGCACGAGCUGGGCGAGAAGAUCGAGCACCUGGUGCCGUGCGAUCUGACACAGCGGCAAAAGAUCAUGUAUCGCGGCCUCAUGAGCAAGAUCUCGGUUCCUGAGCUGCUGGAGCGGGUGCAGAACGGCGGCAAUGGAUCGCGUGGUGGUAAGGACGACUCGGACGAGAGCCUGAUGAACCUGGUCAUGCAGUUCCGCAAGGUCUGCAGUCACCCGGAGCUGUUUGAGCGUGCUGAGGUCGAGAGCCCCUAUGUCUGUGGGUCGUUCCCGACCACGGGCUCGCUGAUCCGCGAGGGCGAUGAGCUGUGGUGCAGCUACGCAACACGUAGCCUACUCGAGUUCAAGAUGCCCAAGCUCCUGUACCGCGACUCGCCCAUGCUACCCAAUGUGCUCACGGUGCGUGACCACAUUCUCAACAACAGGCUGUCGCUGUGGACGCCAGAGAACAUUGCGUCGCAGCAGUCGGAGUCCAGCCUGAUGUCGCUGCUCCGUCUGUGUACACCGUCAGCGAGCAUCGCCACCAGGGCAUUCUCGGGUUCGUUGGCGCAGCGGCUAGACGACAUUGAAGCCGUCGAUGCCAAAGAAAGCGGUCUGCGACAGAGCCUGCUGAUGUCUGGCCAUGACAGUGAUGAGGUUCCAGACUCGCUGCGCUAUGCUGCCCAGGGAUCGGCUCUGCAUGUGCUGAGCAACUUCGAGUUUGCUCACUCGCUGCUUAGUAUUGUGCCGCCAGCGUACAAGCCGCCAGCUGUAGCCCCACCAAUCGAACUAGCGGUCAGCGACCGGUCCGCAGCCUGGGAGAACGCCGACUACAUGCUGCUCAACCCGCUGGCAUCACGCAUCACGGGUGGCAAGACGUUUGCGAGCGACGAUUGGACGCGGCCGUUCCGGGCACAGGGCGGCAGCGAUAUCUGGAUGCCAUCGAUGGACAAGCUGAUUCGGUACUCGGGCAAGAUGGCUGUGCUGGACAAGCUGCUGACGCGGCUGAAGGCUGAGGGCCACCGGGUGCUGCUCUACUUCCAGAUGACCAAGAUGAUUGACCUGUUCGAGGAGUACCUUGCCUACCGCAAGUAUACGUAUCUGCGUCUGGACGGAUCGUCCAGGAUCUCCGACCGCCGAGACAUGGUUAUGGACUGGCAGACACGCGACGACAUCUUCAUUUUCCUGCUCAGCACGCGCGCUGGUGGCCUUGGCAUCAACCUGACUGCAGCUGACACGGUCAUCUUCUUUGAGAGCGACUGGAACCCGACCGUCGACAGCCAGGCUAUGGACCGUGCCCACCGGCUGGGCCAGACCAAGCAGGUGGUUGUGUACCGACUGAUCACCCGUGGUACUGUCGAAGAGCGGAUUCUGCAGCGUGCGCGGCAGAAGGACGAAAUCCACCGCAUGGUCAUUGCUGGC